AUGAGGUGGGUCCUGGUGGCACUGCUGCUACUGCCUGCAGGAGUCCUGACAGCUGACGGAAACUAUGGGAUGAAGCAGCCGAAACACCUCUCUGCCAUUGUGGGAGGCUCCAUCAAAAUCCCUUUCAGCUUCUUCCAUUCCUGGAAGUUGGCCCGUAAUCCUGAGGUGAAGCUGUUUUGGAGAUGGAGGAGCUUCCACGGGGAGUUCAUCUACAACAUGACCCCACCUUUCAUCCAUGAGCAUUUCAAGGACCGGCUGGUCCUGAACUUCACAGAGAAUGGGAACUCGGGCUUUCUGUCUAUUUCCAACCUUCGGAAGGAGGACGAGACCAUGUACUUCUGCCGCGUUCAUCUGAAGACAAAGAAAAAUGGUGAGCAGCGGUGGCAGUCCAUCGAAGGGACCAACCUCACCAUCACUGAAGCCAUCAAGACCACCACCCAGAUGAAGACCACCACUGAGAGAAGCACCAGUGUAGCCUCUGAAGUUACCUCAGCUGGCUUCACAGUCUCAGAGUCUCAGCCCCUGAGUCUCGGAGCCAUUGUUGGGGUGGCAGUGGCAACAGCUAUGCUCAUAACUGGGGUGCUAGGACUGGUGGCCUUUCUCAGGUGGAGAAGGAAAGGCCAGACAACUACAGCCCAAGCCCCAGCAGGGUGAGUAUUUGUCCUCC